AAACUCAAGCAUACUCAUAUUGAUUUUCAUGGGGAAAUGGCCCUUCUGUCCGGAAUAAAACGUCAAGUGAAACCUUCAAGUCAAAGGGCAAAGUAGCCGGUGCGAAUCACGAAGCUAUUUUUUUUUUAAGUUGGGAGCCCGAAUGACGGAACUCGAUCGCAAGGCCUUGUUUCCAGUCGGAAACCAAAAGAGAAGGGACCCGAGGAGUGGUGCGGUUCUCGGCGCAAUGGAGGCGGGCGGCGGAGUCUUCGCUUUCCGCGACGUCCGUUGGGAUCCCGACCCCGUGUUGGAAGCGAACCCGGCCGUGCGCGUUCCGAGCCCGGCUCCUUUGGUGCUGGACAAUGGCUCGUUCCAGCUGCGGUUGGGCUGGGCCAGUCCAGAUCCGGCGGUGCCUGGCGAGCCGCUGCUCCGUUUCCGUGCCUUGGUGGCCCGGAGCCGGGGAGCCCGUGGCGGGGCUGGCCCGGAGACGCAAGUGGGUAAUGACCUCGGCAGCCCGGAGCCCCUCCGGUGGCUGCUGCGCUCGCCCUUCGAUCGGAACGUGCCCGUCCAAAUGGAGCUGCAGGAGCUGCUCUUUGAUCACGGCUUCCAACGCUUGGGCAUCUCCUCGCAGGGCUGUGUUGAUCAUCCAGUUGUGGUCACAGAAGCUGUCUGCAACCCUCUCUAUUCAAGACAAAUGAUGUCAGAGCUCUUAUUUGAAUGUUAUCAAGUACCCAAGGUUUCUUAUGGUGUGGACAGUUUGUACAGUUUCUAUCACAACAAAAAGCAAGGCUGGCCUUGCAGUGGUCUCAUUGUUUCUUCUGGAUAUCAGUGUACACACAUAUUGCCAGUGUUAGAUGGCAGGUUGGAUGCUAGGAACUGUAAGCGCAUAAAUCUUGGAGGAUGCCAGGCAGCCAUGUAUCUCCAGCGUCUUCUCCAGCUAAAAUAUCCCGGGCAUUUUGCUGCCAUCACUCUUAGCCGUGUGGAGGAAAUACUCCACGAACACAGCUAUGUUGCUGAGGAUUACAAAGAAGAGAUGCAAAAGUGGAGAUCGCCUGAAUAUUAUGAGAACAACGUGCACAAGAUGCAGCUGCCUUUUUCAAAUAAGCUUUUGGGGAGCACCCUCACCUCUGAAGAAAAGCAGGAGAGAAGACAGCAGCAACUUCGGCGUCUCCAAGAGCUCAAUGCUCGCCAGCGAGAGGAAAAGUUGCAGCUUGAUCAAGAGAGGUUGGACAGACUGCUUUAUGUUCAGGAACUGCUGGAAGAUGGCCAAAUGGAUCAGUUCCACAAAGCGUUGGUUGAACUGAACAUGGACUCUGCUGAGGAACUGCAGUCUUAUAUUCACAAGCUGAACUUAGCUAUUGAGCAAACCAAGCAGAAGAUCCUACAGGCAGAAAUUAGCGUGGAAGUGGAUGUUGUGGAUAGCAAGCCAGAGAUUCCAGACUUGGAUCCAUUGGGCAGUGAGCAAUCCAUGGAAGAUUUAGAAAGUGUGAAUGAAUUUGAGUCUUUAUUUCCUGAGGAGCAAUCUGAAGUGGAAAAGCCAGUCACUACAGUACAGCCUGUAUUUAACCUGGCCGAGUAUCACCAGCUUUUUAUUGGUACAGAAAGAAUCCGAGUUCCUGAAAUUCUGUUCCAGCCAUCCUUGAUAGGUGAAGAGCAGGCUGGCAUAGCAGAAUGCAUGCAGUUUGUUCUCGACAGGUACCCUAAAGAGCAGCAAGAAAAGCUGGUCCAGAAUGUCUUCCUUACAGGUGGGAAUGUGAUGUAUCCUGGAAUAAAAGCCAGAAUCCACAAGGAACUUCUGGAAAUGAGGCCAUUUCAGUCAUCGUUUCAGGUGCAUCUUGCUUCCAAUCCUGUUUUAGAUGCGUGGUAUGGAGCUCGAGAAUGGGCCCUAGAGUACAUGAACCGUGAAGAAGGCUGGAUAACUAGGAAAGAUUAUGAAGAAAAAGGUGGGGAGUACCUUAAGGAGCACUGCACGUCCAAUGUCUAUGUACCUAUCCGCCUCCCAAAACAGGUUCCACGGACAACUGAAGCAGCAGCAUCCAUUAAAGCACCAGGAACGGCCACAAACCAGGCCUCUGAACAGGGGUAACAUACAGCCUGCAAGGAUAUGUAAUUGAAAGUUGAGAAGAGUCUGUGUGAAGAAUAUUGCUUUCCAAAAUGACAGACAUUUACUACCCAAAGAACAUGAUGUGAAUUUAAGGAAUUCAGCAUUUCCUUUUAGCCUUGACAUACUUGGUUUCUCAAGGUGUAUAAACCUAUCAAAGAGCAGUGAACAUUGAUAAGUCUUGAGUACUAUGUUCAUGGUUGCCAUGAACUUAUUAUAGAUUCUGCUUCUGUUUU